ACAAUCUUGAGCAGUUUACGAACUGUAGACGUUAAGGGGUACUAAAAUUGAAAGAGCUCUGUACAUUAGGGAAGAUUUUUGAUGGUGAACUUAUCAAAUUUAUGUCUUUUGUUUCCAAGCAGCAACCCAGCGACUUGCUGUGUCUGAGAAAAACUGGAAUUAUCAAAGUUGUUUUCGUUCAUCAAUCUUAACAGUGAUUGAGGAGUUGUUGAAGGACUAAUGGGAAUAACUGUUAGAGCUCUAUCUCAUUUAGUACUGCGACAACCACGUCCGAGAAUGGACGAAAUUCUCAAAAUCAUUGCUGCCAAGGGCCUCAUUAACGAUGCAACCCCAUCUGCAGAAAUCUUUGACUUGGACUACUUCCAAAGUCGCCUGGAUUCUUUGCAAGCCGCUUUCCCGGAGCCUUUCAUCGUGAAUGCGGCUGCCCUCAAGGCCAAUUCUUUCCGGGGCAUUCUCAAUCGGGUUAAAGCCCAAGGCUUUGGGGCGGAAUGUGCUUCCAUUUCGGAGACCAUGCACGCAAUCUCUCUGGGAUUCAGCCCUGAAGCCGUGAUCUUUGACAGUCCUUGCAAAACAAAGCUUGACUUAAAAACCGCAUUGGAUGCUGGAGUUUACAUCAACUUGGACAAUGAGCACGAAAUGGCUAUUGUAGAUGAGCUUUUGAAAGAUGGGUGCUCCGGCUCCAAGGCCAAGCUGGGGCUCCGAAUCAACCCUGUUGUGGGGGGCGGUACGAUCGCAAUCAUAUCAACGGCUACAAAGCAAUCCAAAUUCGGUCUACCGCUCAUACCCACCACCAAGGAAAGAAUUUUGGACCUUUAUGAAAAAUAUUCGUGGCUAUCGGGAAUACACAUCCAUGUUGGAAGCCAAGGAGUACCUUUGGAGCUCUUCGUCAAAGGAGCAAGAGUGUGCAUGGACCUAGUCAAGGAAAUCGAGUCGAAAUGCAAAAGACAACUUGAAAUCAUUGACAUCGGAGGCGGUCUUUCGUCAACUUAUGAGGAGGCAGAAGAGCCCAAGUCUUUCGAAUAUGGAAGAUAUCGAGAUAAUCUCAACCAAGUGGUUCCGGAGCUCUUCAGUGGUCAAUACAAAGUCAUCACGGAAUUUGGACGUUCUCUGUUCUUAAAAGCAGGAUUCUCUGUGACUCGAGUUGAUUUCAUCAAAGAUUGGGUCCCGGAAAUCAAACCUAUUGUCCUUACUCAUGUGGGAACAAAUCAGUUCAUCCGAGAAACCUACUUGCCUGAAGUAUGGCGACAUCGGUAUCUAUUGGCCGACCCAGAAGGGAAUCUAAAGUCUCCGGAUCAAUCAGGCAGCCAAGUGUACGAUUUGGCCGGUCCAAUGUGCUUUCAGGGAGAUUAUUUGGCCAAGGACGUCGAGCUACCCAAAAUAGACAUGGGCGACUGGCUGAUCAUUCAAGACACCGGUGCCUAUACAAUGGCUAUGUACUCUCGGUUUAACUCGAUCUUGCCCAGCCCUGUGUAUGGAUUCACAAAGAAAAAUGGCCAAAUGGUGGGUUAUUGCUUGAAGGAAAGGGAAACUAUCGAGGAAAAUAUGAAGUUUUGGGGAAGUGAGCACCCUCAAGAAAUCUGAAUGGUGAUCAAAUUCUUGCAUAAUAAACAAGUUUAUUCUGUUCGA